AACCUCCUCCCCCAGUCCCAACGCCUACUCCACUUUUCUUUUUUCUCUCUCCAACAGUUAUUUAAAUAAGUAUUAUAUAUACUUCCGUUCCGUUUCAUUUUAUUUUUAAUUUUUAUGUGUCUCGGUACUCCCAAUCCCAAUAAAGGGCCAAAAAGAAGGGCUUAAAAUUAGUCUUCCACCAUUGCCAUGGACGGCUCUCCGACCAGAAGAAUUAGAAGUGGGGCUCCCUCUUCACGGCCCCAAACCGACGUCGUCUCAUGGUACUGCGCCGUGGGCAUGCUGGCCUUGAUCUUGAUCGGGUCGAUCAGAGAAAGCACCUACUCCGCCGGCGCCGCCGAUGACGGCCGGCUGGCCAGAGGAAACUUGGUCAGGGGGCGGCCGUGCGACGAGAUAUAUGUGGUCGGAGAAGGGGAAACGCUGCACACCAUCAGCGACAAGUGCGGCGACCCGUUUAUCGUGGAGCGGAACCCGCAUAUCCAUGACCCGGAUGACGUCUUCCCCGGCUUGGUCAUCAAAAUCAUCUCCUCCUCCAACCCUUCCAACUCCGGAUUAGAAACCGCUUAAAUUUCUUUUUCUAUUUUUACCAAAAAAGAAAAUAAAUAAAAGUUAAAAGCGUUAGAUUUUUGUUCAUAGUUUCCAAUACAAACACAGUCAUGGAGGUUCGUGUUUUCCUUUUUCCUUUUUCCUUUUGAGGAUAUAGAGGUGAAAUAAAUAGAAUUUAUCUUUUCUUGUAUGUUUCUUAUAAAUAUUUCAGCCACAAUAAUGUCUGUUUGUCUUUU